GCGGAUUAAAAUCCUCGCCCCCAUUUCCAGCCCCUUUCUGUUCACUGCCCUCGCCAAAUUCCCCCAAUCCCAGCUCGCCGCCGACGGCAUUGCGUCGCCAUUGCCUCCGAAUCCGAGUGCGCGUCGCGUGAUCCCGGAUCCAGCUUGGCGUCUUUACCCGCCGUCGCCUCCGACCCAACAUUUUCCGCGCAAGGCAUGGUGCCGUCCCGGCGGUUUUUUGGGAGAGUGCUUCUUCUGUAGGACCGCGGCGAGAGGCUGUGAUGGCGGGCGCCGCCACGGAGGGGAAGCUCUCCCCGGCUCUGCCCCUGGCCACACUGAUCGGCCGCGAGCUCCGCGGCGACGGCUCCGAGCGCCCGCUCGUGCGGUACGGCCACUCCGGCUUCGCCAAGCGCGGCGAGGACUACUUCCUCGUCAAGCCCGACUGCCUCCGCGUCCCAGGCGACCCUUCCUCCGCGUUCUCCGUCUUCGCUGUGUUCGACGGCCACAAUGGCGUGUCGGCGGCGGUGUUCAGCAAGGAGAAAUUGCUGGAGCACGUGAUGAGCGCCGUGCCUCAGGGCAUCAGCCGCGAGGACUGGCUACAGGCGCUGCCGCGCGCGCUCGUCGCUGGAUUCGUCAAGACAGACAUUGACUUCCAGCGCAAGGGGGAGACUUCAGGGACAACGGCGACCCUGGUUGUGGUUGAUGGGUUCACGGUCACCGUGGCUUCAGUGGGAGAUUCCAGGUGCAUUCUGGAUACACAAGGUGGCGAGGUCUCGUUGCUGACUGUGGAUCACCGGCUAGAAGAGAAUGCAGAGGAGAGGGAGCGGGUCACAGCAAGUGGAGGGGAGGUCAGCCGGCUUAAUCUCUGUGGAGGACAAGAGGUUGGUCCUCUCCGAUGCUGGCCUGGUGGAUUGUGCCUUUCAAGGUCAAUUGGGGAUACUGAUGUCGGCGAGUUCAUUGUACCGAUUCCACAUGUCAAGCAAGUGAAGCUCCCAAAUACUGGUGGAAGACUAAUAAUUGCUUCAGAUGGAAUAUGGGAUGCUCUGUCCUCAGAGACUGCUGCUCAGGCAUGUCGGGGAUUGCCUGCAGAACUGGCUGCGAAGCUUGUUGUUAAGCAAGCUCUGAAGACUAGCGGGUUGAAAGACGACACCACAUGCGUGGUUGUUGACAUCAUUCCAUCUGAUCAUUGUUCAACACCACCAGCAUUGUCUCCAAAGAGAAAUCAGAACAUGUUGAAGUCUCUUAUUUUUGGUAGGAGGUCACAUAGUUCUGUCGGAAAGCUCAGCAAAUCUGCUUCAUUGAGCUCUGUGGAAGAAAUAUUUGAGGAGGGAUCUGCAAUGUUGGAAGAAAGGUUGGGUAGAAAUUUCCCAUCAAAAGCUAAUCUGCCUCCCUUCCGCUGCGCUAUCUGCCAAGUGGACCAAGAGCCGUUCGAAGGUUUAAUGACGGACAAUGUAGGUGGCUGCUGCUCAGCCCCAUCAACACCAUGGGGUGGUCCUUAUCUUUGUUCAGACUGUAGGAAAAAGAAGGAUGCGAUGGAAGGUAAAAGAUCAAGCCGCUCAACAACGUGCAGGUGAAGGUACUGAUAGGAAACCACCGGGUCCUGUCCAUGCCAACUAGUCUUCGAUUUCGGUUUUCUGCUGCUUGUAAAAAGAGAAGAAUAAACCGUUUGUUGUUUGAUCCAAGUAUUGUGUGGUGAAACUAACUGCACUCCAGCCUGAACUGAAAAAAUUGGGGGUAACUAACAAGCCUGGUUUCUAUCAACAGUGCGGAUGGCAUUUUUCGUUUGCUCAGAGAAGAUAGCUAACAAACUUGAAGCCUUUAGUAUUGUGAACCCUAACAUGUAAAGAGAAAUGAGUAGCCUAACAAUGUGUUUGAUAACGAUGGCACGGCUCCUCAUUGCUGAUUUAGAAUGCAUUUUGUAUGGAGCCGGUCGCUUGAACGUUUGAUUCUAUCCCAAUCAAUCUAGGACAGUAUUUGGUGUA